AUGGCUGCAGCUCUGCUGGCCAGUGCAGCAGUGACUGCGACCCCAAUUCAGCAGCGGGAGCACCGGAAUUCGCCAGGGCUACUGGCAGCACUGGGCGACGAGGCCUCCGGCAGCGAUCCCACAGUGCCGCCCGACUCCCCAGACUUUUACUUUCGAGUGGGCGUCUGCGUGGUUCUGGUCCUCCUGGGCGGGCUAUUAGCAGGCUUGACGCUCGGCCUCAUGUCGCUGGACGAGACAAACCUGCACAUUCUGGCCACCUCGGGUUCUGAGACAGAGCGCAUGUAUGCGCAACGCAUCCAGCCUAUCCGCAAGAACGGCCACUGGCUGCUUGUCACGCUAUUGCUGGGCAACACCAUCAUCAAUGAAACGCUGCCCAUUGUCAUGGACUCGAUACUGGGUGGCGGAGUAGCGGCCAUCGUUGUGUCGACCGCAGCCAUCGUCCUGUUUGGUGAGAUCAUCCCCCAGUCCCUAUGUGCGCGAUACGGCCUGGCCAUCGGCGCCUUCUUUGCCUACCCGGUGCGUAUUCUGCAGUAUGCGCUAUCGCCGCUGGGCUAUCCGAUCGCAAUGCUGCUUGAUUUUGUGCUGGGAGCCGACCACGGUGUCACAUACAAAAAGGCCGAGCUGAAGGAGCUGGUUCUGCUGAGUGACACAGCACACGGCGGAAACCUGUCCAAUGACGAGGUCACAAUCAUCCGCGGGGCGCUGGAGCUGAGCGAGAAGCUCGUGGUCGAUGUGAUGACAGAUCUAAGCAACGUGUACAUGGUCGAUAUCAACGCCCGCCUGACCCGCAAGCUGAUGACUGAGAUGCUGCGUCGUGGCCACAGCCGAGUGCCUGUCUACGACACCGAGCGUACCAACAUUGUCGGCGUGCUUCUGGUGAAGUCGCUGAUUCUGCUCGACCCCGACGACGCCCUGCAGGUGCGGGAGGCCAAGCUCACCACGAUGCCGCUGGUCACCCCCAACAUCUCCCUCUACGACAUCCUCAACGCCUUCCAGGAAGGUGGCAGUCAUAUGGCUGUUGUCAUGGGUCCGCCGCCGCCGCCGCCAUCGCUUCUGCGCUCGUCCCCAACUUUGAGCAGUGAUACAACGCUGGCCACAAGCAAAACGCCCCUGCUGAGUGUCAAGAGCACAGGCUACGACAAUGGAAGACAUCCGGCCUCCACGCCAUGCCCCUGCAGCACGGCUACCCCCUCGGCUAUCCGUCGCCGCUCCAACUACAUUGUCGGUGACCCGGGCCGCAUCUUCGACCAGGAUAUGGUGACUGACGACGACCUGGGCUCAUACGUGCCCAUCGGCAUCAUCACCUUGGAGGACGUAAUCGAGGAGCUUAUCCAGGAGGAGAUCAUCGACGAGACGGACGUGUUUGUCGAUAUGCGCAAGCGCGUCAAGGUAGUGCGUGCAGUGACUGGCCCGUCGACGCCAUACAUGGGCAAUGCUACAACCUCACUGGUGGCUGCUGCUACUGCCACAGCCGCUGCUGUUGUUGCCAGUGGCGACAGCAUCAGUGCGCAACAAAAGGCUCGCCACAUUCCCGCCAAUCCGCGCUCUGGCGACUACGAUUCCAUGCGAAGGCAGCGCCGAGGCUUUGCUUUCAGCUCAAGGCGGCGACAUGCCGAGGCCGAGACCGGCGAGUAUGACGAGCUCAGGCCCCAGUCAAUGCCGUCGAGCUCCCUAUCGGACAACCACAUCGAAGGCGUGCCUGAUGGAGAGCGACCCGCAGUAGCCAAUGGCCCGUCGUCGGGUCGUCGCCGCUCUGCGCUGCUGUCAGGAGAGCUGAGCGAUGACUCGGAUACACGAUCGAUCUAA